AACGAUGAUAUUGCAAAUGAGAUAUCAACAGAUCUUAUACGUUUAAAAUCAUUUUUUCCAAAAGAAUUUAGCCGUUUACCUCGUUCAUUAGAAGAGCUCGAGUUCUGGAAAGCCACAGAAUUUCGCUCAUUUCUACUUUAUUCUGGCCCGAUUGUACUCAAAGGAAAACUUAAAAAGUCAUUAUAUAAACAUUUUAUGUUGCUACACUGUUCAAUCCGAAUACUUAUGUCAGAUGAAACAUGCAUCACCUACAACGAAUUAGCCAAUAGUUUAUUAAGACAAUUUGUUACUCAAUAUUCAAAUCUAUACGGAGAGGAAUAUAUAACUUAUAAUGUACAUGGCUUAAUACAUUUAGCUCAAUUUGUAAAAAUUCAUGGUUCGUUAGACAAAUUUAGCGCUUUUAAAUUUGAAAACUGUUUACAAAUUAUUAAAAGUACUUUAAAAAAUUGUAGAUUUCCUCUUCAAGAUGUGUAUAAUAGAUUAAUAGAAUAUAAAAAUAUUGAUAUUGCUCCUUUUGUGAAAUACCCGAUUUUAAAAAAAGAAAUUGCUUAUGACCCCUUGUUGUAUAGUGAUCCCACUGAUACAUUGUAUGAAGCAAUAGUUUUAGAAAAAUGGAUUAUAAGUACUGUGAAUAAUAAAAAUAUGUAUUUUAUGUUAAAAAAUGAAAAUGUUAUUUGUAUAAAAAAAAUUAUAAGAAAGGCUAUCGGAAAUAUAAUUUUAGAAGUUGUUAAGUUUAACUCAAUGCCAAUGUUUAAUGAUCCAUUUAAUUCUAGUUUGAUUGGUGAUUUUUAUGUAGAUUUAUCUAGUCAAAGCAUUUCUUUUUUUAUUAAUUUAUGUGAUAUAAAGUAUAAAUGUUUGUUUAUCAAUGUCUCAAAUAUAAAAGCUAUUUCAAUAACUUGUGUACAUAAUGAAUAAUGAUAAUUAAAAAUUACAUUUUUUUUUAUUAAAAAGCUAUUUUUUUUUAUUUUUUUAUUCUCAUGUAAAAUCUUUAAUGAAAAACUAAUAUGAUGGAUGUAUUGAUAUGCAAUAAAGUGUAGGUAUUUAUAGUAAAUACAAGAUAGAAUAUAUGUGUGUAAAGGUGCAAUUUUUAAUGGGGAAACAGAUUAUAAUAUAGGUUUUUACCCUUAAAUAGGUAUGAAGUGUACACAGUAUACUGUACACAUGCAAUUAAUUAUUAAUUAAUUAGCUAU